GUGCUUUACGUUUUGUAGACACGCGCAAUGAUAGCCGGAAGCACCGAUCUGAGGAAAAUAAAAAUCGAUGAAAUCCACUGUAUUUUGCGAGUAUAAACCUCGCACUUACUGUCCUUUUCUCGACCGUAGGCUCGAAUUGGUCUGUCUUUUUCACCGUCACUGUGCCGGAGGCGAAGGUAGAGAGCAGGAAAGCUGCUCAAUUUGAACGAAGUUGCUCGGUAGGGGUUUAGCUGACGUGUGGAGAAGUUGAGACUGCCAGAGAGCAGAUAAACAAACAUAAACAAGCAGGGACCAGCUGAGCGCCUGUCCGAACCGAACCAGCGGCACGGAGAGAUGUCAGGGAGAGCGAGUUUCCUCUUUCAAACCCAAGAAUGAUCCACAGGAGACCGUGACUUUCACUGAUACAAGCUCCAUGUCAACUGUCAACACUCGCACACAAAGAAUUUCGGAAACAAAACACGAGGACCAGCCAUAGGCUUUAGCAGAAAAGCCAUUGCUGCUGUCACUGUCUCUUUGUCAAGACAGGCUAGCAUGGGCAACCAAUAAGUUUGCCUUCCAGUUUUCAGCUGUGACGAAACGAAUACAUAUUACAGUGCAAGGAGACAGAGAAGUGGGAUUAACAUGGCCCACCAGGCAACCCCUAGUUCCCAGAAGGCCCUGAUGAUGGAGCUGAAGUCUCUGCAGGAGCAGCCGGUGGAGGGCUUUCGCAUCACUCUGGUGGAGGAGUCGGACCUCUAUAACUGGGAAGUGGCCAUCUUCGGGCCCCCUAACACCCUCUAUGAGGGAGGCUACUUUAAGGCUCACAUCAAGUUCCCAGUUGACUACCCUUACUCCCCACCAACCUUCCGCUUUCUCACAAAGAUGUGGCACCCCAACAUCUAUGAGAACGGAGAUGUGUGCAUCUCCAUCUUGCACCCUCCUGUCGAUGACCCUCAGAGCGGGGAGCUGCCCUCUGAACGGUGGAACCCCACCCAGAACGUGAGGACUAUCCUACUUAGUGUGAUCUCUCUGCUCAAUGAGCCCAAUACCUUCUCCCCGGCUAAUGUGGAUGCGUCUGUCAUGUUUCGCAAAUGGAGGGACAGCAAAGGCAAAGACAAGGAGUAUGCAGAGAUAAUCAGGAAGCAGGUGAUGUCAACAGCAGCGGAGGCCGAGCGCGAUGGAGUCAAGGUGCCGACCACGUUGGCCGAGUACUGCGUCCAGACCAGGGUUCCCUCCCAGGACAGCAGUUCAGACCUUCUCUAUGACGACCUGUAUGACGACGACAUGGAAGAGGAGGACGAGGAGGAAGACGAGAGCGAUAUGGAGUCUGUAGGUGAAGCCGGGGGGAUGAGCCCCACAGAGGACGGCGGGACGUCCACCAGACGUUACGACAACCAAGACGACUCUGGCAACGAGGACUCAUGAUGAUCUGGAUGAUAACUCCUCCCUGCCAAGUCCCCCAACCACCCUCCCUUAUGUGUUACGUUGUGUGUGUGUGUUUGCGUGCGUGUGUUUGCGUGUUUGCGUGUGUGCGUGUGUGUGUGUGUGUGUUUGCGUGUGUGUGUGUGCGUGCAAUUGCACAUACAGUGGGGUCAAAAGUCAACUGCCAAAAUAAACGUUUCAUCAUUUAUUAAACUAAUACAAUGAUUGGUCACAAUAAUAGUUGUAGUCAAAUGCUAUUACAUAGUUUUUCUGAAAAGGUUUGUUGGUACUGAUUUCACUGAAAGUCUGAAUUUGGUGUUUCCACCGUUUGCCUUAAUUACAGCUUGCACUCUGUCUGACAUCAGAUGUUUGGCAGUUGGAGAAUUGAAAUGAUUCCAGCACUGUUUGAGAGCACCACCAAGUGUUUUUGAUAUUACGUUAUAUUUCUCAUUAUUAUUAUUAUAAUUAUUUUUUUUAAUUGUCCGUUGAGGAUGCAGAAAUGACAAUGACGGCAGGCCUCUGCGGAAUAGAGCGGAAAUACUCUGCGGUGAUUAAUCAUGUGCAAGUUACUGACUCCGGACGAAGCAAAACAUCCUCACACUUGAUUAUUUAUAAAAGUAGUUUUUCUGCCCUGUUGUAACACUUUUAUGCAACCAACUCCUCACACAUGUACUGUAAGUUGUUUGGUUGCAACCAUAAAGUUGAAUUUUAUUCUCUAAACAAGUCAUCAACAGUGACACGUCAUCAUUCAAUCCAUGCUGAACCAUUAGACUUGUUUUGCCGUUAAAGAAGUGGUUUAAUGACUGCUACAGUUUGCUGGUCUUUUGACUUUAGUUUUGUCAGCUUGGGUGGGACUUUCUUUGUUGUGUUGGCUUUGUAUCUUGGAUGCUAGAUGCAUAAAGGUGAUACUUUUUAAACCACGGUGCCAUAUCUAGUUCUGUCUUGUCCUUGUUUGGUUGAAAGUAGUCCAGAAUUGUCCACAGGGCUGUGUCAGCGCUGCAGUAUGGUCUGGCUGCAGAAGUUAACGUUCUAGGAUAGGGAAAAAAACACUCUGGCUUGUUUGUAUUUCUUUAAACCUAAAAAUCCCAAUCUUUUAGGUUGGCGUUAAGCCCCAGAUGCAGAGAAUAUGUCCUUGUAGGAUGAGUAUGCCUGAUGUCCAGUGCGUCAGGCUUCAUACGCUCAGUGGCCAUCCGGUAAACCAGACUAGGAUGAAAAUGACACAAUUUUGUGAAAAUCUUUCCAGCCUUUUAUCAUGAUUAGGCCUAAACAGUAGUAAUGGGCCAUUAGUUAUUAAAAGACCUUUAUAAUUAACAUGUGUAGGAUACAUGUGUAACCCUUGCAUACAUGGUAAGACAAACAUUUUGAAUCUUCCUCUCACAUAUGCCAGUAUUUUAAUUAAUUACAAGCAUUUCCCAAAGAUAAAUAUCACAUAUCAGUUCUAAAUAACUUUCUGCAAAGUAUACAAAUUGUCUUAGUUUUUGAUAAAUGAUGAAAACAAACUGUCCUUGUGGUGGUCUCUUGAACCCCACUGUAGCUGGCCGGCUCUUUGUCAGGCUAGUCCGUGUCACAUUGUCUGGUUUUGUGUUAAAGAUUGUCUCUAUCUAAUGUGUCUUUACUUGUUGCUGUUUUUAAUGUACUUUUUUUUUUUUUUUUUUUAAGUUCUGUUUAGACAUUCUGUCCUCCCUGACUUGUCCUUAGAAUUUUCUGGGAGGGCUCAGACAGUCUAGCUGAUGGACACAUGCUGUUUGGCUCAUUAACCAGCCAACGAGCUGGCCAGCUUCUCCUAUCACUGUCCAUCAGUGUUGCCCCGUGGCAGAAUAUCUCUGUCCCUCCCACGCCUGCCUGUUCUACCCAUCAAUCAACUUUGACUUGCAAACGCAGGCUUGACUGUGGCUCCAUCCUCUUGGACUCCCCUUCAGUAGUGUCCAUCACAGCCACUCCCUCAUGAUCCCUCAAAGCAACGCCAUUUGGUUAGGGGACGGAUAAGGUGCAAGCCUUUUCUCACGUCAAACUCCUACACCUCUCUCUGCCUCUUUAACCUCAGGGCCUCAAUAGACUUUUACUGAGAGAGAGAAAAAAACAGUCAAAGAGAAACUUCACACACAAACUAAUCCUCAGCUCCACCUCCUUUUUUUACUUUGUACAUCACUGGGUGGUUCUAGAGGGCUGAGAGCGAACUGAAAGUCUCCAAACCCGCCGCCAGUGUGUGAACACGUGACUGAAGUGUUGCUGUUGUUCCUGAUUAAGUUGUUUUCUUCUUGGUAGGCCGGAGUCAAAUUUUUAAAAAUCAAAAUGCACCUGUAGGGACUUUCUCCUCAAGACAAUGCUCACAUUAUGUUACGAUAGAUGUGAAAAUGUUAACGUUUUUGCGCCGUAACUCGAUUUAAGCUUCAAUGCGAUUUAGUGAAAAUGUGGACGUUGUUACUGUGCUACACCACAUUCAGACUGUGUAUCGACAGCGACAAAAUCCACAUCUAUCUUAGCUACGCAUUUGAAUGAAUUUGACACUUGAUUGCCUGUUAUCUGUGUGUUUGUGUGUGGAUAUUUACAUUUACUCUUCAUCUUUUGACUACAAUGUCAGGGUUAUCUUGUUCCUGUCUCUGUGGAACAGGUGUAGACUUGCCCAAAUUACCUUUUGGACUUUGUCCAGUUGAGAAAACGUGUGUUUUCACAGCGUUCUAGUGCUGUUUUGGGGAGGCCUGAACUCGUUGAGGAUUUGACUGAUUUAAAAAAAUAAAAAUAAGAAGAAAUCUGAGUGUUGAACUUUUGGACACACUGAGCAGCAUUAUUUGGCUAAUAUUGCUUGUCAUAAAUUAAGCCAAACAUGUUUUUAUCGUUGUGGGUAUAAUCUGUCGCUCGUUUUUUUUUUUUUUUUUUUUUUUACACACAACAGAGCACUGCGCAAACCUUUGAUUCAAAUGGAUGGAUUGUAUGCCAAGGAAACCAAGUACAGCCCCACAACCGUUGAUUUUAAAGACUAUGGAGCUAUGGAUGCAUGUGGUGGAUUUAAUGCUGUUUAAAUAAACUCUUAAAGAGAUACCUUUUUGGAUUUUAAUGUGAAGCCAAAGGAAUAAAAACAUUUCCUGCAGGCCCUGUGCUUUGGAGGCUCCCAGAGACUGGAUUAUGUUGAGGAAGAGGAUCUUUUAAUGGAUUUGAUAUCACGAAGGGAAUUAUUGUCUGAGAUUCUGAAGGUCAGAUUUUUUUAUUUGUUCCCCACUUUUUUCCCCACCCAUCACCGUACAGAGCAUAAGAUAAAUCCUAGUAAUAAUGUGUACCAAUGCCAUUUGUAUCUGUUAAAGGAUUAGUUUGACAUAUUGGGAGAUAUGCUCAUUUGCUUUGUGGAUGAGAUGAGAAGAUCUUUACCAGUCUAACACAUCAGAGUGGGAUCUUAUCUAACUCUAGGUAAGAAAGCGAAUAUAUAUAUAUAUGCAUAUUUCCCAAAGUGCUUUAAUUAAAAUAAAUUGCCUCUAUCACAAAUGUAUAAAUCAGGAGCAUUAUUGUUUCUGUAAGAAUAAAGUCUAGGUAUAGUGUAGCCCUUAUGAUAGCAAUUCAAUGACCAGUUUAAAGCUCUUUAAAAUUAAAGUCCUCCUUUUUUUACUCAAAUGUAUGCCUUGUUUUUGAGGGCAGGUGGAGAAAAGCUAUGGAGGCCUUUUGAGGGGAGAGAGCAACCACAACAACAAUUAUCUCUGACUGAUGACAAUAAUACCCAAACUCAACCUAAGAAAUGGCACACUAAAAAGGACUGCAGUCUAAGAUGUUGAGAUUUUUUCCAUACACACUGCUACAUACAAAGGCCCUCACAUGGUCACACUCUCAAUGGACUGACCCGAGUGUGUCCGCAAUGCGUCCAUACCCACUGAUGCUAAUGCUGUCGGGUUUUUCUUUGAUUUAUGUCAUUUUUUUCCCUCAUUUUGUGUUUGUGAGGAUGCAAAUGUCACUCAUAAAGUUUCUAUUGUUAAAAAAAAUAAAUAAAAGUGUUGGGUUUGUUUGCAAUAUAGCUUAUCUGUUGCUUAGCACACGUCAUGGAAAAUGAACAACACAGCAAGCUGGUUUUUGGAGUAGAAUUAGGAGUGAUCUGCAAAUGGAGGCAUACAGAUAUUGUGGUGAAGUUGGAAAAGCAUUCAAAAUAAAACAGUAUGUCAUUGAA